AUGGUAGAAUCUUCAACUGUAGAAAAUCUGGAAGGCAAUGUUCAACCUCCCCUAAUUAAUGGUGCUAGAGACUCUUAUUCUGUGGUUUCAAUGGAAUCACCCCUACUAAGUACGGAUGUGUGCCCAGAAAAUAAAGUUUCACUAACAGAAGCUGACUUGGAUGGAGCGGUAAAUGUCACUGACGACUUUCUAAUAGAGCUGCCACCUCAAGAACAAACUUUGAAACCGAAAGAUACCGAAAAGCAAAUCCAAGAACAAAUUAAGACAGAAAACAAUAGAGAUACUACAGUGAAACCUUACAAUUCUGUUGAUAAAACUGUAGGAAGCUCUUUACAAAAUGCAAACUCUAAAGAUUUGGAACAAAAAGACGAAGAAAUUGAAAUAAACAUAGAUACAGUAAACCCCGAUAAGAAAUCAUCUACAGAUACCACAACAAAUGUGGAUGUGGUCACUAGUAAGCCUUCCACCAAUGGUACGAUUAAAAAUGCGGAAGAUACAUCAUCAGUCAAAGAACCAAGGGGGGUUGAUGUUGAUAAUAUUCCAAUUAAAAAAAACAAGAAAGGAAGGAAGAAAAAAACUGUUAAUAAAAAAGGUCGCAUUUCAUCAAAUUCUGCAGGUGCCACUGAUCUUUCAAAACAAACAACAUUAGAUUCCAUAUUAAUAGGUAUCGAAGAGUACCUGCAGGACGAUGACUUAAAAAACGAAGAUAUCAAAGUUAAUGUCAUCAGAGGAGAACUUGCUGAUGUACAAAGUUCACACAGUCAGAAAGAUAAGGUACCUUACGGAGAUCUAUCAGAAAAGAGACUUGAUGUGCAAGAAACAGAUACCGAAACAUUUAGUGAAUCCGCUCAAAAGAUAUUUAGUGUUAAUGAAAUCAACAAAGACCACAUUGAUGAGGCCUCUUUGAAAGAUCAAAACGAUGUUAGUAUGGACAAGAUAGAACACGCCAUAUCUGAAGAAGGCAAUGCGAUUUUGUACUCCGGUGGAGAAAAUGAAGCGUCUGCUGGACAUAAACAAGAGCCUCACAGCUUGAAAGAAAAUGACGAAAAUGUACAGGCUUCUACAACAGAAUAUCUAUUGCAGGGAAAAACUAAAGAUGCUGAAAGGAGAAGUUUAGCAAAAAGCGAGUUUCACUUCAAUGUGGGUGAAUCAGAGCCCUUAACAUCUAGAGAAGUUAAGCAGACUGAAAGCGUUAAAGAUUCUACAACACCUCUAAUUCUCGCAAGAGAAGAUAAAGAAGUAGAAGUGAGUGAAGAAAAGCAUAUCUUGGAGCGAAAAGCAAAGCAAGAUCACGAAACCGUAACUGCUAAUCAUGAAAUUGAUAGGAAUGAUGAUACUGAAACGGUUAAUAGUAAUAAUAUCCUCACACUUGAAGGAGAUAAGCAAAAAGUCAAUAUUGACGGAAUUCCAAACCCAAUAAUGUGCACUAGUGAUAAUGAGAAGAACGUAGAGCACAGUACUGAUACAUCCCUGAACGUUGAAAAGGAGGAAAAACUGGCUUUGCCAGAAGUUGGAAAGAAAAGUGCAAUUGAGAAACCAGAAGCUAUAAAAGAUAAUGAAGAAACCAGUAUUGAAGAGGGAUCAACACCUAAAAUCAAGGAAACUAUUGAUGACAAUAAAAUGCAGUCAGAAAUGGCAGAUGGAUUUCCCAAUUAUGAAUUGGAAGGAAAUGCGAAGCCUGCAAUAAUUCCAGAAGAAAGCUCUAAUUUCGGGAAUAAUCCUGAAACGUCCCCUCAAGAAAGUAAGCGGAAUGAAGGUGCCACCCCCGAAUUAACCAGGGAAAGUAUGAAGGGAGAAGAUGGAGAGAUUGCUGAAGUAGUAGAAAAUGAUAGAAUAUCGGACGCUUUCGAAACCACUGAAGAAGAUCUCAAGUCUAUUAAACAAGAUAAAGAAGACAGAGAUACCAGUGUUCAUGGAUAUAUUGGAGAUUUAGAAGAUGAUACAAUAGCAAGCGGAAUCAAAACCAUCAAGGAAGACAUAAAAACAAAACAAGAUGGAAUUGUUGAACCUUUGGAAGUAAAGAUAGAAUCUGAGGAUAGUGCAGCAGCAAGAGAAGUUUUCGCGACUGUUGAAAAAGGUGCAACAGUUGAGAAACUUGGGGAUAGUAUUUCUGAAAGAUUCGAGGAUAUUCAAAUCACGAAAGAAAAAGAAGAAGAGAUUCCCAAGGAAGAUACGAAGGACCAAGAUGCUGAGGUGGGCGAAGUUUUGAAAGAAGAAUCAACAGCAGAUAUUUCAAGAGCUGUCGGGAGUUCCAAAGAGGAAUACAGAUCUCAGAAUGUCAAAGUUUCAACAGAAGAAGUUGAAACUACACAAAAAGAUAUAGAGGAUGCAACGUCCAAAAACCUUGAAAUUACUCAGAAAGGCAAUGAAAUGAUCAAGAAAAAUGCAGAGUCAAAGGAUGGUGGAGUUACUGAGACUGUUAAUGAAGGUUCCAAAGUAAAAGAUGCUGGAACCGACGAAAAAAAUAUAAAAAAUAACAAGAAAAUAGCAAAAGGAGACAUCGAACGAGAUUUGGAAAUGGAAGCCUCCAAGGCAGAUGAAGCUAAGACAAGGCCUAAAGCUCUUGAAAUCAUCGCGAGAAGGGACGAAGAAAAUGAGGAAGUGGAAACUGCGCAAAUUUCAGGGGAAGAAGCUUAUAUGGGCGGGAAUGAGCCUUCUGGGACCACCAACGAAGAUAAUAAGGCAGAAUAUUCCAAGACUGCUGAGAUUUUAGAAGACGCUAGAAAUUGUUUGAAGGCUGAAGUUCCAAAAGAAGACACUGAAGCUGCAACAAAGAAGGAUGCUGCUGAAGACGGUGCUAGUCCUGCCAACAUUCUCAAAGGAGCUACAACAGAACAUAAUUAUAAGGAUAUAAAAGUUUCUGACGAGCAUGAAAAGACAGUCGAGUUGCCUGAAUUGGCAAGACAAGAAAAAAUGCUUUUGAAAGGAGAUAACGAGGAAAUGAGAACCGAAGAAAAUGAAAAGAUGAAUUUCAUUCCAGAUCUUACGAUGGAAGAAACCAUUGUAGAAGAUAUUGGAAAAAGGGAGACUGAAACAGAACAAGAAGGACAAGAAGAAGAGGGAGAAGAUGAAGAAGGGACAUGCCAGCUAGAUUUCAAUGACACAGAGUCAAUCAAUAUCGAAGGUCCAGGCAAUGAAGAAAAUGAAUCCGAAGAUCAGAAGACAAACGAAGAUUCCAAAGAGCCAACCGCAGACGACAUUUUCAAAGAUAUCCUGGAUGAAACUGAUGAGUUUUUGGAGCAGCUAAAGAUUGUCGACGACUCUGAAAUAAACGCUUUACUUCAAUCACUAGACGCGAAAGAUACUGCCACUCAAACCGCAAAGCAACCCAUCCAAGACCAACCCAAGCCUCAAGACGUAAUAAAGACCAGUGAGAUUCGAACGAUGAAUGAACAGGAACCUGUCUACAUAUACACCUCACUAGCCGGAGGUGGUUUCCAUAUGAUCCCGAGAACAAAUCGCUUAAGCACGAUUUUAACUGCCAACAGGAUACCGUUCACCUACAGAGAUCUUGGAACAGACGAUGAGGCAAGAAAAGUAUGGAAAACAUUUAGCAAGGGUAGGAGCCUUCCAGGUGUGGUCAGAGGACACAACGACUUGAUAGGGAACUGGGAAGACAUAGAAGAAGCCAACGAGGACUACAGGCUGCGGGAACUUAUUUAUGAUAUUAUUUAG